ACUGGAAAACAGUAAGGAUGUACCGGCCGGCGGGUUACGAUGAUUCCGAUGAGGACGAUUACGAUGAAUUUGGAUACUUUUGCAGUUCGUACAAGGUCACAAAGCCAAACAAUGCUUUUAUGCAAACGAACCUAACGCCAGUGGAAGACUACGAUACAAAGCUGUACAACGCCAUACUGGAUGGAAAUCUGGAGGAAACGAAGAAUGUUUUGAAGCAAAGUGAAUAUUUGCGUACCGGUGGGGAACUGCACCAGGGUUGGCCGGCACUAUUUUACGCCUGCUACCAAGCAAAACCGGCCAUCGUGAAGCAUCUCCUGCAGGAGGAACAGAUCGACGUGAACCGGGAGUAUAACCUGCAGACGGCGCUUAUGAUUGCGUGCAGCUCGUCACAACCGACGGAGUGCGUGUAUGAGGUCGUCCGGUUGCUGCUCGAUUACGGUGCCAUCAUUGGCCGGUUGGAUCAGUACGGAUGUUCGCCACUCACGUUUGCCUGCCGGGAAGGUCACCUGGAGGUGGUGAAAGAAAUUGUGGCUGAAUCUUCACUGCUAUCGGUCGACAAUGAAGGAAAUACGGCACUGUUUUAUGCGGUCAAUAACAAUCGCUUGGAAGUGGUGAAGUUGUUGCUGCGUGCCGGGGCACCGACACACGUUGUAAACAAACAGGGCUACACACCGAGACAAUGCGCCGCAAACCAAAACUAUCUGGACAUAGCUGAGCUAUUUCCGAAGGAGGAGAAAUCCUUUCAGAUACCUACGGAGUACCUGUGCUACAGCAGCUAUCGUAAUUUCCUGCACGGAGAAAAGAAUGACGACGGUCCACCCGGUUACUAUCCUGACCUGGGGGUGAUGCUGUUCGGUAUGAAUAGUGAGGCCAAACUACGUGCGUUCGUUGAACCGGGUUUGAAUCUGUUUGAAUUUCUCACACUGACCGAUGAACGGUUGAGGCAGCUUGGCGUCAAGUAUCCGAUCGAAAGAAAGCGUAUACUGUUGGGCCUGUACGACUUUCAUCUUCAGAAAUGGUCGAAAGCCAGUUUAUGGACCAUGGAAAAGCAACGCGUUCUGGACUGCUACGAUGUUUUGGAAGCACUUGAGAACAUGCUGAAGCAUCUUACCGUCAUUCAUGCAACCUUGCUGUAUACAAAGCACCUAACGGCAAGUUUUGAUCCAAAUGCUUUUUACGACGCUAAGGAAAAUAUCAACCUAAACCAACAGUUGGACGGCCUUCGAUCGGCUCUUGACGGGUUCCGGAGUCACAUUGAAGCAAUCCACAAACUUUCCACCCCUAAACCGGUUUUGCACAUAAUGCCACCGAUUAGGGGUAAACGAAUGUAUGGGAAAAUGGCUAAAAUUGGCGUAUUCCUGAUAGCUGGCGGGCUGGUGAUUUAUUUGAAGUUGGCACGGUGA